AUGGCCUUCGAUACGUCGUCGUGUACUAGCGAUUGGCAAUCCAAGCAAUCUCGCCAACCCGGCCCGCGUGAUGAUCUACUUCAAUCUUACGAUGACCCCAGCCUGUGGAUUAUAGCAAAUUUACAGAGCAUGAUCGCAUAUGCUAAGAGACUACAUGUGCGUGGAUGCGAUUCUCUAGUCUCCGCAUUAGCAAACCUAGUACAACAAGGAUAUACUGACCUUAGCGACAUACUUGCGUUCCCGGAGCUGUUUGCACCAUUUAACCUACUAUUCAAUAGGCUUAGACCGGUAAUCGGGGCGCUUCAAAUGCCGCUGAUGAUUCUAAUAAAAUUUUGUCCACGGAUGGUUGAAAGCUCAGGGUUCCUGGACGUACAUCAGGCACAGCUAGAUUUCAGGAUGUCUGUGCCCGCACGGCUUUGA